GAAGCCGAAGAUUCUUCCUCUAUGUCUAUAUAAAGAUGGCCACGUUAGCCAACGGCCCCGCAGACAGCCCCAGCCACCACCACCACCACCACCACCACCCCCACGCCGGCCCCGGCCCCAGCGGGCACAUGAACGGAUUAAGCCACAGCCCAGGGAACAGCAACGCCAGCGCCAGCAGCAGCGCCAGCAGCAGCGUCUCCGCCAACGCCAGCGCCGCCACCAUCCCCAUGAAGGACCACGAUGCCAUCAAGCUCUUCAUCGGGCAGAUCCCGCGCAACCUGGACGAGAAGGACCUCAAGCCCCUCUUCGAAGAGUUCGGCAAGAUCUACGAGCUGACCGUCCUCAAGGACAGGUUCACCGGCAUGCACAAAG